UUGUUUAUUUGAUUGAAAAAAAAACAAAAAAAAACCAACGGUUAGCAACAACAAACAGAACUCAAUAAAAAUAACAUUUGAUGUGAAAUUUAUUGGCGGCGUUAGUGUGUGUUUGUGUGUGAUAUGUAAACGAAAUUCUUGCCCCAUCGACAGCUGUUACUAUUUGUAUUAUAUAUUUUUUUAUUGCUAUUAUUAAACCUGUGUUUGCAUCAUUAAUGCUGUAUUGCAUUCAUUUGGACAAUAAUAAUGAUUCAUUUUGAUUUUGAUCGUAUCACUAAUGUCUACGAGAUGAUAGUAACUAAUAUAAAAUCCAAUGUUUGAACAGUUUUUUUUUUUGAUUCAUUUGGCCAUCACAUUCACAGUUGCGCCUACGCCCUUUAUUUUGAUUGAAACCAUUUUAAUAACGUGUUGUUCAUUUAUCGAAUUUCUUUGUUUCAGUGAAUAGAAAAAAUAACGCACACUAAAAAAAAUGGCAAACGACAAUCACAACAAUCAAUUGGUAAUAAAAUUGACCAAAAAUCUUCAUGAAUCGGGUAAAAAUUUGGUACUUUCACCAUUCUCAUUGACAACGGCAAUAGCAAUGGUAUUGGCUGGUGCCAAUACCCAUACCCGAACUGAAUUAGUUCAGUUUCUAUUCGGAACAAAAAUGACAAACAAUGAAGACAGUAAAUUAAUGUUGGAUAACUUUACCAAAGAUUUACAAGUAUUCAUACAGGCAAACCAAAAUGUUUUGAACAAUGCAAAUAUGCUUUACAGUAAUAAAAAUUUACAAAUGAAAGAUACCUAUGUUGAUUUGUUGAUCAAAAAAUUUAUGGCAGUGGCUAAACAAUUAGAUUUUCAUGAUACGAAUGCCGCUUUGGCUGAAAUCAAUGGUGCCGUAAAGAAAGCUACUAAAGAUAUGAUUCCCACAUUAUUGGAUCAAAUCGAUCCGGAAACUCGUGCCAUAUUGAUUAACGCUAUUCAUUUUAAAGGUCUUUGGAAAUAUCCAUUCAACAAAGAGGCCACAUUUGAUAGUGAUUUCCGUAAAUCCGAUGGAACCGUCAUCAAAGUGAAGAUGAUGAGCCAGAAGAAAAAUUUUGCUUAUUAUCAAUGUGAAGAUACUGGCUUGAAAGCUUUAGCGAUUCCAUACACGGCCGGAUCGAUUUCGAUGGUGAUUUUAUUGCCUGCCGAAGGAAAGACUAUUGAAAGCGUUUUGGAAACAAUGCAAAAUGACAAUAAUUUGUCACAAAUUCUAAACAAAAUGGACACUUUAGAUGUACAAUUAAUGAUGCCUAAAUUUCGAAUCGAAUCUACACAUCAUUUGAUACCACAUCUAGUUCGAUUGGAUGUGAAAAGCAUUUUUACCAACGAAGCCGAUCUUUCCAGUAUUAGUUCAGAGAAAUUAUUUGUUUCUGAUGUAAUACAAAAAGCAGUGAUUGAAGUGAAUGAAGAAGGUACUGAAGCUGCAGCCGCUACAGCAAUCAUGAUGAUGCGAUGUUGUGUAAUGUUGGACGAAAUCUUUUUCACUGUAGAUCGACCAUUUGUUUACAUGUUAAUUUCCGAUGAUCGUAAACAUGUUUUAUUCACCGGUGUUUGUGAAAAUCCAAAUUAAAAUUAAUCGAUUUCGAUCAUUUAUUGUUCACACAUCUUAAUCAAGUAUUUUUGUUUUCUUUGAAUAAUACGAAUCUUGAGUUUUA